AUGCAGAGCUUCCACACAUUGAAUUUCUUUCAUCAGCAGGGCCAAUGGGCAUCACUUCGCGACAUGGCGAGAACCUGCUGGCAGUCCUACUUGCUCAUUCUCAAGUUCUUCAUGGCGCCGUUUUUCGAGGCUCGUUUCCUGGACACCUGGCUAACCUCGCAGGUCGACUUCGAUACCUGGGCCGUCUUCGUGCCAGGGACGGGCAAGCUUAAGAUAUCUUCCUUCACAUAUCAGGUAUGUCCAUUACAUUCCAUUCCCCAGCUACCCUUUCCGCUGAACAUGCAUUGUUCCUUUUGCUCAUGUACAUGCUACGCAUGUACACAUGUAUCUCCGGGACGUACGCGCAUGUGA